AUGGAGUUUUUGAAAGUAUUCAGUCAAAUCCGGACCAAAGCUCUGUAUUUAUCAAAUCCUCAAAAAUGUGAAGAGUUUAAAUUGUUCCAUGGUCAUGUCAUUCAAUCCUCAAUUGAAGAAAAACUAUUUCCUUUAGCAUUCAGUUUAUCUGUUCAUCAAAACAUUAAACAAGUAUCACGUCUACUUCGACUGAUAUACAGACCACAUAAUUUGUAUUGUAUUCAUGUAGAUUCUAAAUCCCCAAUUGAAUUUUAUGAUCAAGUGUUAGAGUUGGCCCGAUGUUUUGGUUUAAAUGUUAUGGUGUUGAACCGGACAGAAAGUAUAAAUAUUCAGUGGGGAUAUUAUUCCUUACUUGAAGCGUUUCUUGUAUGUGCGGACAAAUUAAUGAAAAACACAGACUAUAUGUGGAAAUAUCUAUUGAAUUUGAGUGGACAAGAAUUACCUUUGAGGACAAACUGGGAGUUGGUUGCAGCAUUGAAAGCAAUAAACGGAUCAAAUGUCGUUGAAGGCUUAGGUCCAAAUUUCUACCCUUGGCGUUGGCCUAAAAAGAAUUUCUCAUUUCCUAUUAUUUGGACCAAGGGAAGUUUUUACAUGGCAUUAAAGCGCGAGUUUGUUCACUUCUAUCAAACUGAUCAAAAAGCAAACGAAAUUCUCAAUGCGAUGAAAGAAGAAAGACACUUAGUAAAACAUCCAGAUGAACUAUUUUUUCCUACACUAACUCAUAGUCCACUGCUUGGUGCCCCUGGUGCUUGUAAUGAAAUUCAUGUUGCUAAUCAUUCAGAUCCACGGAAAAUUUUCAUAGCUCGUUAUGUAACAUGGUAUCAUGAAGGUUGCAAAAGUCCAAGGGUGCGCCGUAUUGUUUGCAUUAUAGGAAUAAACAACCUUCCGUACAUAACGUCACGAGUUGAAUUCUUCGCCAAUAAGUUUCAUGAUGAUUUUGAACCGCUUGCAUAUGACUGCACAGAGUAUUAUAUCAUGAAGAAAGUUUUAAACGAGAUGACAAGUAAACAAUUAGAUCCAAGUUUCAAUCUCACACAUUACUCUAUAUUGCAUUGUUCACAAAAUCAUAUCUAAUUUCACAAAACGCUUAAUUGAUCAUCACAAUCAACUUAUGUUCACUUUCAUUUGUUCAUGUUGAUUCAUUUUAAUAGUUCAGAUUUUACUUAUUUUUGAAAAUGCUAUUAAUUGUAAAACCCCCCACAGAGAAUAACAGUCUUAUAAAAUGAUUAUUGUAAGUGAUAAUUUUACUUGAAAACUGUUGUAAAAAUAUCACAGUUUUCUUUUCCCGUUUUUAACCUUUCACCGUUAUCUACUAAAACAGUUUGGCAUAUGUCCUGUUUAUCCACUUCUCUUGAGGCAACUGGAUAAUAUCAUUGAACAUCAUAAAAGUUGUGAUUCGAAC